CACCUAACAUUCUUUCGCCCCUUUUUGGGCUAGAACUAAAACACCUAAUAGUCAAACUCGCCAUGCUUCCCUGAAACAUCGAACGUUCAUUUCACGAGUUUCCACGACCGAGCCAUCUCUAAUCCUAUGUUAUAUCUCGCAUGAUCAGCAAUACCAAUUUUAUAAACCCAACUCGUGAAGAGCAUAUAAAGCAACAAAAAACCUAAGAUUUCUGCAUAUCUCUCAAGAAAACCUCCCUCCAUUAACGUGCGAGCGACCAGAGAAACGAAGUCCAUAAUGAACCCAAGAAACAACCACCGUCUGAUCCUCUUUCCUCAUCCAUUCCAAGGCCACAUGAAUUCAAUGCUCCAACUGGGUCGGAUCCUUUACGCCCGAGGCUUCUCCAUCACCAUCGUCCACACCAACUUCAACGCCCCAGAUCCGUCCUCCCACCCCAACUUUGCCUUCCAAUCCAUCACGGACGGCAUCGACCAAUCAGAGGCUUCCACGCUGGACACCCGGGGCCUCCUCGCACUCCUCGACGUCCGGUGCGCGGUCCCCUUCGAGGAAUGCCUGCGGGAAAUAGUGUCAUCGCAGGGUGGCGAUGCGGCGCCCAUCGCUUGCUUGAUAUCAGAUUCUAUGUUCAGCUUUACGUGCAGUGUAGCCCAGAGGCUGAAGGUCCAUGCAUUGGUGCUGCGGACCGCCGGCGCAGCUUUUCUUUAUAUUGCUACCAUAUUUCCCGUUCUCAAGGAGAAAGGAUACGUUCCGGUACUUGGUUCCCGAUCCGAAGAGGCAGUGAAGGAGUUUCCGCCCUUACUAGUUAAAGACAUCCCGGCAGUCGAUCCACAGAAACCGGAGGUAAUGUUCCGAAUUUUGGAUAACCUGAUCGCAGUAAUCAAGGACUCUUCUGGCGUCAUCAUCAACACAUUCGAAGAGCUUGAGCACUCUGAUCUCGCGUCGCUCCGGGAAGUUUUGUCAGUUCCUUUUUUUCCGAUCGGUCCAUCUCACAGAUUCUGCGUGACAUCUCCUUCGAGCAGCUCACAAGCAGAGGACACGGACUGCAUCUCCUGGCUAGACAAACAGCCGCCCAAGUCUGUGAUCUACGUGAGCUUUGGGAGCCUCGCGGCCAUGAGCGAGGCAGAAAUGUUGGAGAUUGCGUUAGGCCUAGCUGACUCGGAGCAGCCCUUUUUAUGGGUGGUCCGGCCCAGGUCAGUCCGCGAUCCGGAGUGGCUAGAGAAGUCACCGAGCCACUUUCUCAAGGCAUUGGAAGGGAGAGGGAAGAUAGUGAAAUGGGCACCCCAGAAGGAAGUGUUGGCUCAUCCUGCUGUCGGAGCAUUUUGGACCCACAGCGGUUGGAACUCAACUUUGGAAAGCAUAAGUGAAGGAGUGCCAAUGUUGUGCAUGCCUCGUUUUGCUGAUCAAGGAGUGAAUGCAAGGUAUGUGAGCGAUGUUUGGAGAAUUGGAGUGCACUUGAAUGGUGGGCUUGAGAGAGAGAACAUUGCAAGGUCCAUCAAGAGGCUGCUGGCGGAGAGAGAAGGAGCAGAAAUAAGAGAGAGGGCAUUGGUUUUGAAGGAGAAGGCCAGUAUCUCCGUGCGACAAGGCGGCCCUUCAUACCAAGCCUUGGAUGCUUUGAUCAGUCACAUAUUGUCUUUUAAAUGAUCAUGCUGUCGGAGCUCAAUCGUGGUCGGUUUCAAUGCACGGAUGAAUAAUAAAUGUGUAUCUUUGCAGAAGAUUAACACUCAAGUCAUUUAUGUCAGUUUAAUUAAAUAAAUUAGCAUGCUACUUUUCUCAACUAUACAUGUUUAACGAGACACAUUUAAAUAACCUCUAAACAUUAUACUAGAUAUUAUU